AUGAACGAUACCAAACCAAUGUCCUCUCCUGACCACGAAGCUGCGUCUCCGAAGUCUUCAGAUGAAGAGCAGCAAGGGCCAGUCAGACCCGUAACACGAACGAAUGCUUCGUCUUUCGCUGCCCCGACCAGAGCAUCUGAAGCGAAGAAGAACGAGAAGAUUGAACUUGCUCAGUAUGGGAAGAGGUCGGCGUCGACGAGAGAAACUUCUUCGAGGCCGGGUAGUGCGAUGCGGCAGCGUUCGUCUCCUGGGUUUGUUAGUAGACCGCAGAGUCGUCAGCGGUUGGGGGCUGGUACGCCCACGCGGGGUGGAGAUGAUGAUGAGGUAGAUGAUGUUGAUGAUUAUGUUGACAUUGAUGAGGAGGACGCAGAUGACGACGAGGCAGACGAUGAAGUGCAUGAUGAGGACGAGGCACGCGUCGAUGAUGACGACUCUAGUCAAUUUGAUAGCGAUGUGGAAGACGAGAAAAGCGCAGAGGAAGAAGAAGAAGAAGCAGCGUCUAUCCUGGGAGAGAAGGGACUGGAAGGAAAGCCGCUAGAGAAGGAGGAUCUAGAGGAAGAUAAGCUACAAGAGGAAAUGCUCGAAAAGCAAGCACAUGAGCAAGUAUCAGAGCCUCAAGAAGAGCUGACCAUACAGGAGCAGGGCCAACCGUAUGACUUGGAGGAUCUCUUGGUACAGGAAGAGCCACAAGAGCAUCACGAUGAAGAUCCCAGUCCUGAUGUUCAGGCAUCACAAGAGCGCGAAUCACCUUUGACGCAAGACGACACGGCUGCAGUGUCACAAGAAGACCAUGGCAAGAAGGUGGAAAGCCAAGCCGCGGCGCCUCAAGACCAGAUUGAAAGCGUAUCGCCGCAUGGUAAUGUUGAAAAACCUAUCGUUCCGCCUGAGAUCGUUGCAGAAAUACAAGAGCUCCAAAUCAAACGCCAAAAAGUGGAAGAAGAGCGCGAUGAGGCGAUGAGACAGCGUGAAACUGUACUACAAGAGUUGCAAACUGUCAAAGAAGAAGCGACGAACCUGAAGCAAGAGUAUGAGAAGCUAUCUGUCCAACUUCGUGAGAGCGAAGCCAAGAUUGCAGCGCGCAACGCACGCGAACCUGGAUUACCUCCUCUUGAAGAAGUCGAAGCGGAGAACAAGAAGCUUCGAGCAUCGAUCGAGCGGACGCGGUUGGAACUCCAGGCGAAGAAAACAGAGGCAGAAGAUGCGACUGCUGCCUGCAAGUCGUUUGAUGACUCACUGAGGGAAGUGGACGAGAAGCUGAAGAAUAACCAGGAGUCUAUCCGCACACUCUGUGAAGUUGUCAACCAAGUAGCCGAAAACUUGCCAAUGAUCUCAAAAUGCGAGACCAAAGAGCUCGACGCUGUAUUCCUGAGUCUUUCGCAAGAUGAUGAGACUGGUAAACUGCGAGGUGAGUUUUUGAGAUUGAUCAAGAACUUCAAUGGAGACUUUAAAGAGUUGCGGGAGCAGAUCGAAGACUUGAAACGUGAGGUAGCAGAGAAAGAAUACGAGAUUAAUAGUUUGGGAAAGACCAUAGAAAUCGAGAGGAAGGGGUUGUUGAGCCCCGGUCUACCAAGUCCGCAUCCCAUGCAAACUGGUAAGAAUGAAUGGGAACAGUACUACGAACGGGAAAAAAAGAAGCGCCGUGAUGCAGACUUGGAGCUUGCCAAAGCGAAGAAACUGCUGUCACAACUCCAGCCCGAGAAUGAAAGACUACAGUCAAACCUCACCGAGGCGCAAGAAGAGCUCGCAGAGCUUCGCCCCAAGAACGACCAGUUGGAAAUGGAAGCCAAGACCUGGAAGGAAGAGCUUGAAGAAAACAAGGCCCAAUUCGAACAACACAGUCUCGCACUCGAAGCGAACAUCUCCGAGCAACAGCUGGAAAACUUCCGAUACAUCCGAGACUACUACCAAAAAGUCAAAGACCAAGCCCACUGGGAAGUCCAGGGUCUUCAACAAAAGCUCUCAGUAGCAGACCAAGUAAAGGAGGCACUCAAACGAGACUACAAGCGCGAACAAGGCGUCAACACGCGCUUGGAGGACGCGGUGAUUAGACUGAGGAAGAGUGUCAAAGCCCGGGAUAUUCAUAUCGGAAAGACGGAACAAGCGUUUAUGCGCGAAGCACCGUUUCCUAUCCGUUCACCGAGUACCUCUGGUAGCCGCACACCUGAUAGCGAUACUUCAUCAUCUACUUCACCUUCUUCGAUCUCGGAUUGGACUCAUCCGCUCGAACGUGUAAAGAGACCCCCUCUCAUACCCCGCUGCCACCUCCCUGCCGCGAUCCAAGCGCGCGAAGCCAGGCUAAAAACCUAUACAAAAGAACUGGAAGAGGCGAGAGAGGUGGAAAUCUUCAAGGCCAGUGUCAAACCACGCGGAUCGACAGCCAGGGGUGGAACUAUUGCGACCGACAUCAUGGAUCAAGUGCGGAAAUCCGGCAUGGGGUCUUUGUAUCCGGUUGAGAAAACGGGGUGGUUGGAUACGAGCUGGAAGGGCGCGUGGGAGAGGUGGGAUGGGAAUUACUGGGCGAUGGAGUUCGCGAAGGGGAAGCAGGUAGACUUUUUGAAGAAGGUGGGGGUUUGGCGGGAGGAUUGGAAUUAG